AUGACCCUCCGGCGGCGCGGGGAGAAGGCGACCAUCAGCAUCCAGGAGCAUAUGGCCAUCGACGUGUGCCCGGGGCCCAUUCGGCCCAUCAAACAGAUCUCCGACUACUUCCCCCGCUUCCCGCGGGGCCUGCCCCCCACCGCCGCGCCCCGCGCCCCCGCGCCCCCGGACGCCCCCGCGCGCCCGUCCGCAGCCAGCGCCGGCCCCCGCAGCCCCUCCGACGGCGGCCGCGACGACGACGAGGAUGUGGACCAGCUCUUUGGAGCCUACGGUUCCAGCCCGAGUCCCGGCCCCAGCCCCAGCCCCGCGAGGCCGCCUGCCAAGCCCCCCGAGGACGAGCCGGACGCCGACGGCUAUGAGUCGGACGACUGCACCGCCCUGGGUACCCUGGACUUCAGUCUGCUCUAUGACCAGGAGAAUAAUGCAUUGCACUGCACCAUCAGCAAGGCCAAGGGCCUGAAGCCGAUGGACCACAAUGGACUCGCUGAUCCAUACGUCAAACUACACCUUCUGCCUGGAGCCAGCAAGGCAAACAAGCUCAGAACAAAAACUCUGAGGAACACUCUGAACCCCACAUGGAACGAGACCCUCACUUAUUAUGGGAUCACGGACGAGGACAUGAUCCGAAAGACCCUGAGGAUCUCCGUGUGUGAUGAGGACAAAUUCCGCCACAAUGAGUUCAUCGGCGAGACUCGCGUGCCCCUGAAGAAGCUGAAGCCCAACCACACCAAGACGUUCAGCAUCUGCCUGGAGAAGCAGCUGCCGGUGGACAAGGCAGAGGACAAGUCCCUGGAGGAGCGAGGCCGUAUCCUCAUCUCACUCAAGUACAGCUCCCAGAAGCAGGGCCUGCUGGUAGGCAUCGUGCGCUGUGCACACCUGGCUGCCAUGGACGCUAAUGGCUACUCUGACCCCUACGUGAAAACAUACCUGAAGCCGGAUGUAAACAAGAAAUCCAAGCACAAGACUGCGGUGAAAAAGAAAACCCUAAACCCAGAGUUCAAUGAGGAGUUCUGUUAUGAGAUCAAGCAUGGAGACCUGGCCAAGAAGACCCUGGAGGUCACUGUCUGGGAUUAUGACAUUGGAAAAUCCAACGAUUUCAUCGGUGGAGUGGUUCUGGGCAUCAAUGCCAAGGGUGAGCGCCUGAAGCACUGGUUUGACUGUCUGAAGAACAAGGACAGAAGGAUUGAACGUUGGCACACACUCACCAAUGAGCUCCCGGGAGCUGUGCUCAGCGACUGACUGCCCCAUCUGCUGCCACCCACCCAUGCCACCCAGCCCACACAGGCCCUGCCGUCAAGGGCUGAAGCCCUCACAAUGGGCAAGAUCCAGGUUGUCUGCUCGGACAUAGCCACUGCAGCCCCUGCUUGGAGGCCACAGAGAAUCCAGCCCCCACCCCCUCAGGGACAGGAAGACACAACGUUGGACCUGUUUCAACCCCCUGGGGCCUAGGAGGGCUGGAGCUGGAAGAAGUCCUCACCUUCAGCUCUGCCCAGAGGAAGGGCUAUCUAGGGUGAGGACCUGUUGGGGAGGUAAGGGGAAGAACACAUGCUGCAAGCACAGAAGUGGGGGUACCUGGCUUCCUGGAGACCCCAGAGGGAAGGACUAUGGGCAGGUGGAGCCCAGGACUCUAGGACAGGCAAUGUAGUCAACUGGGACUCCCAACUUACUCAUGUCAGGCUUCAAUGGACAGACAGAAAGAGUCUGAGCCCCCGGGGCAGGGAGUCCUUGUCUAGCAGGGGAUCUGGGUGUACACAUUGGCACAAAGAGGUGAGGCAUACAGGAGCAGCCGGUUGUCUGCAGGGGCUGUGGGUACCGCUGACUGCCAGAGGGUGAGGACAGAUUGGGCAUCUUGGGAGAGUCAGGACUCAGCACGGCCUGGAAAAGCCAGCUGUGGCUCUGAGCUAAGAGAAAGUCAAAUACGGAGAGCAGGAGGCCUGGGGUAGGUGUCGGGACUGGGACGGAGUCAUGGGUGGGGAUCUGGAGUUGGUCUGGGGCAGCAUUGGGUUUUUAGGCAGGAUCUGGGCUUGAUGUGUACAAGCACUAUAGGGAAACUGAGGUUGACUGUUCAAACCCAAGCUCUCCCACUUGAUCUCAUUCCAAGGGGCCUCAAUGCACCCUGCUCCUGUUCUCAGCAGAAGUCUCUUUCCAUCGGCUUCAGGGAAAAGAGAAAGGAAUCUUACUAGCAUGAAAAGAGGCACCCACCUCUCUCUUCCUCAUCUCCACAGCUCAGGCUGGUGUUGGGUUCCUCAAGACUCCAUGGCAUC